UCCCCACUCGCACUCGCGCCAUUCAGCCACAGUACCUUUACCGUUGCCCGCGAAAAAACGCGUCCGUCGAUUUAAAAAGUAUCGUUUUAUUUUUAAAUUACGUAGAUUAUAAAUAGUGGAUGCUCCCCGCGUGAGCCGCUGUGCGAGACACGACGCCGAGACAUGUACCGACUAGUAAUCCUUUUGAUCGCCGCCGCGGCAGGCGCGCCGCAGGACAACAGCAUAACCUUCAUAAAGAGCCUGCCAACGCCCGAAGAGCCGCUGCCUCCGUCAGAAGAGCCGCUGCCUCCGCCCGAAGAGCUGGUCCCAGCGCCUUCCUACGCCUCCUCGCAUAUAGAGAACCUGCCUUUGAGCAGCCAAGAAACCUCGGAUUACAGUUACAGGACAGAAGACAGCAGCAAGCACGAGUACCUGGACACGUCGGCUGACACGAGCCAGGACGAGCAGACCACGGAUUCCACGGAGGAGUCCACGUUGGAAGAGUCCACGGAAACCAACGAGGCCACUACGGCUACGGAGAGAUACCUGCCUAAAACUACGAGUACACCUAAGUUUCAGGUAAAGAAAUCCCCACCAAAAUUCUACUCCAAACUGAGGUACUUCGAGAAGCCAAGCUACUCGGCGCCCACCAACCUGGUGGACCGCUCCGCCAAGCGCAAGUUCCGCUCCAACUGCCGCUGCGAGAAGAUCUCCAACUGCCCGAAGCUGCAGAUCACCGUGCCACGGUGCCCGGAGGAGUAUUUCUUGUGCUGCUUUUAAG